AUGGGACAGGUGCAACCAAUACAUUAUGCUCCAGGUACCGUUAGGCAACUGACUAAAGAAAUUGCUAUUGCCAUAUGUGUGGGAGCUUUGAAAGGUGCUGUUAUAGGCAUUUCUUCUGCCUUCCUAUUACGAACAUUCUCGCCGGUAUAUCGUAAUGUGAGAACUCAGGUGAAGGUGUUUUAUCACUGCUCAUGGAUAUCCAUGGGUGCAGUUUUCCAAGCGGAUAAACAGUUGAUUAAGUUCCAAGAGACGUAUCAUGCCCAGGAAGCUUUGAGGAGAGAAAGGAUAUUAGAGGAAGCUGCAGAUCGAGGUAUCUUUUUAGAAGAUGAUUCAAUAAUGCCGUCGAAACCUUCUUCUGAGUGA